GGCAGCGAGCACUGGCAGGCAACACAUAGCACCCCUCUCGUCCCCCUCCAUGUCGGUAUGGCUACCGCGCUCGUCUACGUCGCUCAUCGUGCGCGCAUAUAGUCGCAAUGCGACCCUCGGCGUGCGCACUCUCGCUCUCGCGUCCCAGCACAAUUCGCGGCUCCCUGCUUACCCGCUCUACCCUCUUGGUCACCUACAAAGAUUGCCGGGAAGUCCAUUCGGUGUAGAGCGCCAACUGCACUCGUCGCCACCGAACUCAGACGUUCCGGCGACCAACACCGAGAAGCCGCUUACGCCCGCGCCAAAGGAGGAGGCCCCGCUCGCGACACGCGUUUGGAAGAAGGUCAAGCAUGAGGCACAACACUACUGGCACGGCUCGAAACUCCUGGCUGCAGAAGUGCGCAUAUCUGCGCGUCUGCAGUGGAAGAUUCUUCAUGGCGAGACCUUGACACGCCGAGAACGGAGACAGUUGAAGCGGACGACACAAGAUCUGCUGCGGCUCAUCCCCUUUGCUGUCUUCGUAAUCGUCCCAUUCAUGGAGCUUCUCAUCCCGGUGGUCCUCAAGCUGUUUCCUAAUGCCCUUCCGUCGACUUUCGAGGACAAAUUUGCGGCUGAGGAGAAACAGCGGAAGCUGCUUCGUGUCCGCCUGGAGAUGGCCAAGUUUCUCCAGGAGACCCUUCGUGAAUCCGGGUUGAAGGCAAACGCACAUAUCGUGGGCACCGAAGCGUUCAAGGAGUUCUUCCGUAAAGUACGGUCCACCGGCGAGUCCCCUUCCUCGCAGGAUAUCGUCAACGUCGCACGCCUGUUCGACGACGACUUGACGCUCGACAAUCUUUCCCGCCCUCAACUUGUAUCCAUGUGUCGGUACAUGGGCAUUAACGCAUUCGGCACCGACAACUUCCUCCGUGGCAACAUUCGCGCGCGACUCCUCCAGCUCCGUCGGGACGACGAGGCGAUUUCGCGCGAGGGCAUCGACGAACUGAGCACAUCGGAGCUUCAGGCCGCGUGCCAAAGCCGUGGUAUUCGGACAACUGGCGUAUCCCCCGCGCGGCUGCGUGAGGAACUUGCGACAUGGAUCGAGUUGCACCUAGGGCAACGCGUCAGCGGCGUACUUCUUGUGCUGGCGCGUGCGUUCCAGUUCGACAAGAAGCCCGGUGAGGGUGAGGACGGCAAAACGGCAAUCAUCCAGAGUCUCGAGGCUGUGUUGUGCGGCCUUCCUGACAACCUGCUGAGCGAGGCGGAACUCGAAGUCGACUCGGAGCAAGCAAGCUACAAGCAGAAGCUUGAUGUGCUCAAGCAGCAGGAAGAGCUCAUCGAGGACGAACAGGAACAGGAACAGCGCGAAGAGGACGCCCGGCGCGCGAAGAAAGAGGAGGAAGCUCGUUUGGCUGAAUCUCUUCUGCCUGAGUCUGAGCUUCACCCCGAAGAGGCACCUGUCCAGGACGCUCGCAUGACCACGGAACAGCUGAAGGAGCUUGCCGAGGCGCUGUCUAUCUUGUCUACGAAAUCGUCGGUCAUCAAGGAGCGCGACGAACUUCGUGGGUUGAUGGAGGAGAACCUCCAGGCCGAGGAGGACCCGAAGUCGCCGUCAGGCGCGCUGACGAAACGGAUUCGCUCGAUGCUGGAAAAGAUAGACAAACAGCUCGACGCGUACGACGCGCGCGUCGGUUCGUCGUUGCAGAUGAUCUCAUGCACGCCCGAUGGGAAGAUUCCUGUCAAGGACCUGGAGAAGGCCCUUGCGGUUAUCAAGCACAAGCCGGAUGAGGAUGUUGGACACCAGGUCAUCGAGAAGCUGGACGUCGACAAGGACGGCUAUGUCGAGCUCGAGCACGUUCUUGGGCUCGUGCGCGAGGAGGGUCUCGGGAUCCUACUGGACGACGAGGCUCAGACCCUCAUCGGACAGGGUAUCGAGAUCAAGGACAGCAAGCCGAGGAAGGAGGACAUCGUACAGGAGUAAUCACCCCCGCUCUAUAGCUGCAUUUACUACCGUAUAAUCUAUAUACUAGGUCUUGGUUUCUGGCCGCCUUAGAGGCCAUAGACGCGGCUCC